AUGAAGCUGGAGGUGUUCUCGCAGCACUAUGAGGACAAGCUGAGCGCCGGCAGCGACCAGGAAGGCAGCGGCUCGCUCUCCCCGGCUCCGGCGGAGAGCGAGCUGGGCUCGGACGGUGACUGCGCGGCCAACAGCCCGGGCGGCGGGGCCGGGCGGCCGGGGCAUCCCCCGCCGCCGCCCCCCACGCCGCAGCCCCCGCCACCGCCGCCGGCCGAGAGCGCCAAGGGGAAACCCUACACGCGGCGGCCGAAACCGCCCUACUCCUACAUCGCGCUGAUCGCUAUGGCCAUCCGCGACUCGGCCGGCGGCCGCCUGACCCUGGCCGAGAUCAAUGACUACCUGAUGAGCCGCUUCCCCUUCUUCCGCGGCGCCUACACCGGCUGGCGCAACUCGGUGCGCCACAACCUCUCCCUCAACGACUGCUUCGUCAAGGUGCUGCGCGACCCGGCGCGGCCCUGGGGCAAGGACAACUACUGGAUGCUGAACCCCAGCAGCGAGUACACCUUCGCCGACGGCGUCUUCCGCCGCCGCCGCAAGCGCCUCAGCCGCGCCGCCCCGCCGCCGCAGCCCGCCCGCCCCGCCGCCGGCUCCCCGCCGCAAGUGCCGCAGGAGGCGGCCGGAGCGGGCGCCGCGUCCCCCGGCGCUUCCCCGCGGUGCUGCUGCGCCUCCUCGCCCUGUCGCUGCGCGCCGGGCGACAAGGAGGCAGCGGCGGGGGACGGCGGGGCGAGGCCGGCGGGCGGCGGCGCCGCCAAGUUCUCCAGCUCCUUCGCCAUCGAGAGCCUCCUGCAGCGGCCGGCAGGACCCCGCGCCGCCCCGCAGCCGCCGCCGACACCCCGCGGCCGCCUCCUGUGGCCGGCGCCGCCCGCGCCCCCGCACCUGCUGCCCGGCCCCUACCCGCUGCUCCCCUACCCACCUGCCGCGCAGCCCCCGCCCGCCGCCGCCCUCUACGGCGGGGGCCUCCUGCAGCUCUGCGCCUACGGGCUGGGAGAGCCGUCGCCGCCGCCGCUGCUGCUGGGGGGCGGGCGGCCCGCGCUGGCCCCGGGCGAGCCGUCGCCGCUGGCGGAGCGGCCGCAGGCGCCGCUGUUCCACGCCGGCAUCCCCAAGGGCGGGCGGGGACCGCCGCCCGGCUCCCCGCUCUACGGGCACCUCCGGCUCGCCGGGCCGCUGCCGCCGGCGGCGGGGGGCUCGGCCUCGUUCCAGCCGUACGCCGUGGAGACCCCCCUGGCUUAAUGGAGCCCCCCUCCUCCCCUGCGAGGGACCUGCCCGGGGAGGCGUGGAGGGGGAAGGGAGGAGGCUCUGGAUCCCGCACUUUAACUCCAGAGGCGACCACAGCCUCCAAGCAAAAGCCUCGGUGACUGUGCCUUAGUGAAAUGACAGUGGGUUUAACUUAAGCCAAAAAA